CAGGCUCUCGGGCCAGCCCAGCGCCGGGCUUGUGCCCAUCACUCAUGUGGCCAAGGCUUCUCCCGAGACGCUCUCAGACCAACCGUGAGUACCUCGACCUGGAGUCACAGCCUGCCUCGCCCUAGUCUGGGGAGUCUGGAAAACGGCAGGAGUUUGAGUUUGAAAUCGCAUGUCCGUGGCUAUCUGUUCAUUCAUUCGUUCAUCCCUGCAUUCAUUCAGGGGCAGUUGAUGAGCCCCGGGCCGGCAGGUAGGGUAGGAGAACAGCAGAGUCUGCUGUGCGCUGCCAAGAGGGAGAGGAGGCUCCACAGGCCUGGUCAGGUCCAGGGGACACCAGCUGCACCAGCCCAGCACCCAGCGGGUGGUUCCUCCAGGACCCUGCCUGGCUGGCCAGGCCCUCCCGCCCUCACACAGGGAGUCCAGUGUUCAUGGAGUGUUCAUGGAGUGGCCACUCCUUGGAGGGCAGGGGCUGGGGGCUGGGAGGCACCAGAUGACAUAGGGGCUCAUGCUCCAGGAGCUCUGGGUGAGGGCAGGUGAGCAGGGGCUGCAGAGGCACCUAGUCCAGAUGCCCAGUGCAGCUGCUCUGAGCAGCUUCCUUGGUCCUGUGUCCAGCUGGGCCAGGCCUGAGCCCUGGAGACCUCCGGGUCAGCCUUGCUCAGGGCCACUUCCAGCCUCCUGGGGGACCCUUGGCACUCACACAUCGUCCUGAGGGUUGCAUGGGGUGGGUGAAGCCAGAGUCAUGGGAAGGUGUCUUCUGAGAGGCCCCAGACCCUCACCGCACACCUGCCUCGCUUGCCCUGAGCAGUGGUUGGGGGGCAGCCAUUGUGAUGGGAACGGGUUCACAGCCACCGCAGGUGUGGACGGCAGGUCCCUUCAGCAGUUCCUGGAGGGCAGGGCUUGGGGUAGAGCAGUGCUGUCCAUAGGCAAAGCUAAUGACUAUUUGCCUAGGCUGGAGAUUAAAAGACUAACCACACUCAGGUGUCAUUAGCUCCAGACACCUGGCCCCACGCCCCAGGGAGAGACCUCAGUCACAUCCCCUGCAUCUCAGCAACCACACAGGGGCCCACCUCCGACCUCCAAGCCCUGAUAUGGGUGUCAGAGGGGCUGGCGGUGUGUCGGGGAAACGCCUGUGUCUCAUGCCCACACUCCGCAGUGCCAGGAGGGGCCUGAGUCCCUUCACACGUGAGAGGGUUGCGUCUCCCUGCCAGCAGACCCCAGAAGGCAGGGCCCCUGGCUGACAGAGCAUCCAUGGAGCCAGCAUUUCAGGCCGCCGCCUCCCAGUCCCUGGUCCCACAGCUCUUCUUCUCCAUCUUCAUUCCUUUCAACCUCAGCCCAGCCCCAUGGCCCUGGCCAUGCCGGUUUCUGUUCCUGCUGCCCCCAUUGCCCCCCAGGUCCCCGGGGCAGGGGUGCCAGACUGUCCUCCAUCUUGCCCAGUUCCAGCAGCCACGUCUGCCCAGGAUGGCACGGCUGUACCCCAGCCCCGAAUCUUGUGUUGACUCUGAGGCCCGCCUUGGGUCCUCUCCUAGUCCCGCUCCUCGGGUGGUUUCAGCCCCACCCUGACACCCGGCUCACUCUGCUUCCUCCUUCUGGUGCUUACAGGGUGUGCCCUGGGGCGGGGGAGUGGCAGGUAUCCCUCCCUGGGUCCCAGGAAGCUCCAGGGUGGGAAGCUGAGUCAGGUGUGGAGUCCCUGCCUUGGCCUUCGGAAGCAGAGAUAUGUAGUCGAGGUGGGGCUGGGAGCAUUUCUAUCUUCCUUCCAAGCAUGCCUCUGGAGUGAGUAGAUGUGACCUGGUGGGUGACCCACCUGGACAGGGGAGCCCCAGCAGGCCCCUCUCCUGACACCCGGUGUGGGCUCCUCGUGUUUGGACAUCUGAGGAGUGGGUGCCUGGGAGCUCCCGGCCACCGUGCCACCAUGUUCAGAGUGGUCUCACCUCCACCUGGCUUUUCGGAGGGGGGGGGUCUGUGUGGACAGAGGCCAGUGGGCUUGGGGCCAUCCUGUACUGGGCACAACUCUUCAGAAUAGGGUGCAGGAUGCUUUGAAUGUUCACCCAGCAACCCCCCUGCAGCCGCCCAUUGGCUGCCCCUCCUGAUCUCCUGCCCAGCCUGGCUUAGGCCGCCUCCUCAGGACAGAGCUCUGCAUGGGCCAUCCCCACUAACCAACUGCCUGAGGCAGGUGGGCUGUGCCUAGCCAGGUGGCGCCUGUGGCCCUGUACGACCACACCAACAGCCCAACAGUGCUUCCGGGCAGCUCAUCAGGCCGUCGGCUCCGUGUCCGCGCAGGGGCUCAGCGAAGCCGAGUUUGGAGGCCUGUGGCCUAUGGCCAGGGCUGACUGUUAACCUGUGGCUGGAGCUGGCGGUCACUAUGAACAGGAAACUGGAGGUCAUGCCCAGCAGGGCUAACAGAGAGCCCACGGCCAAGCUGGUACUUCAGUGGAGUCAGCCGGACCCAGGCACAGCAGCUGCUCCUCUCCCCACCCAACGCACCGGGAGCCUUCCUCAUCCGGCCCAGCGAGAGCAGCCUCGGGGGCUACUCACUGUCAGUCCGGGCCCAGGCCAAGGUCUGCCACUACCGGGUCUCCAUGGCAGCCGAUGGCAGCCUCUACCUGCAGAAGGGACGGCUCUUUCCUGGCCUGGAGGAGCUGCUCACCUACUACAAGGCCAACUGGAAGCUGAUCCAGAACCCCCUGCUGCAGCCCUGCGUGCGUCAGAAGGCCCCGCGGCAGGAUGCGUGGGAGCGACCACACUCCGAAUUUGCCCUUGGGAGGAAGCUGGGUGAAGGCUACUUUGGGGAGGUGUGGGAAGGCCUGUGGCUGGGCUCCCUGCCCGUGGCGAUCAAGGUCAUCAAGUCAGCCGACAUGAAGCUCGCUGACCUCGCCAAGGAGAUCCAGACGCUGAAGGGCCUGAGGCACGAGCGGCUCAUCCGGCUGCACGCAGUGUGCUCGGGCGGGGAGCCUGUGUAUAUCGUCACGGAGCUCAUGCGCAAGGGAAACCUGCAGGUCUUCCUGGGCAGCCCCGAGGGCCGGGCCCUGCGUCUGCCGCCGCUCCUGGGCUUUGCCUGCCAGGUGGCUGAGGGCAUGAACUACCUGGAGGGGCAGCGCAUUGUGCAUCGGGACUUGGCCGCCAGGAACGUGCUUGUGGACGAUGGCCUGGCUUGCAAGGUGGCUGACUUUGGCCUGGCCCGGCUGCUCAAGGACGACAUCUACUCCCCGAGCAGCGGCUCCAAGAUCCCGGUGAAGUGGACAGCACCUGAGGCGGCCAGUUAUCGUGUCUUCUCCCAGAAGUCGGACGUCUGGUCCUUCGGUGUCCUGCUGUAUGAGGUUUUCACCUAUGGCCAGUGUCCCUACGAAGGUGCAUUCCCAGGCAGCCGCGGGGAGGAGGCAGGCUCUGCCCAGGAGUUACUGGCCCCGGGCCUGGACGCUGUUAUCAGGGGAUUGGAGGGUCUGGCCAAGGGCAGGCAGGUGACACGGGGGCUAUGGGAGGCCUCCAUUGGGAUCCCCAGGCAGAAUCAAGGCAGCUCUUGCCCCACGCCUCCCAGGCAUGACCAACCACGAGACGCUGCAGCAGAUCAUGCGAGGGUACCGGCUGCCGCGCCCGGCUGCCUGCCCGGCAGAGGUCUACGUGCUUAUGCUGGAGUGCUGGAGAAGCAGCCCCGAGGAACGGCCCUCCUUCGCCACGCUGUGGGAGAAGCUGCACGCCAUCCACAGAUGCCUUCCCCGAGUCCUCACGUGACUCAGGGCUCCGGGCUCCACCAGGCCAGCCCCUCCUCCCUGCAGAGCGUCCACUCGAAGGGAUGCUGGUCGGCCGGACCGAGGAGCCUCUGGCUGUGGGCCUCAGGCACCAGCGUGCACGUGCAUUUGUGCACCAGGCAGACACGUGGCCGUGGGCCUCAGGUCCUGGCGUGCACACGUGUUUGUGCACCAGGCAAACAUGUGCAGACGGUGGAGGGCUCACGUUCUCUGUGCAGUGUGACACGUGUCCCUGGCGUCUCAAGAGAGAAAACAGCACAGGAAGGUGGGGAGAAGCCUUGGAGGCUCUAGGCGGGGAACCCGAGCCCAGCGUGUCUCUUGUCCGGGUCCCCUGGACUCCCUCCCAGGGUCAAGAGCCAAAGGCCCAGUUCUCCUCCCAGUCCCAGCUUGGGUUUGUGGAAGUGACCAGUGCUGGCUCCCGGGCAGACCACGGUGUUGACCCCACUGGGUGCGUGGUGUGUAGGCACGGGGAGGCACCAUCACCUGCCCCUCACAGACACGCUGGCGGCCUGUGCACAGACCCACUCAUGCACCCGGCACUCAGUAAGCUGCGACUGACCCAUGCAGACACGUGCACAGGCUCACAUCACACACAGGCUCAGCCCCCAAACGCAGACCCAGGAGCUGGAGCACGGGAGUCCACGUGGCUAGAAAAUGCAGGUUGGAGCGGCCCCCGUGCGGCCCAGACCCCCAGCCCAGGACAUCACGCUGCCCAGACAGUGUGAACCCCAAGGGCAUUGGCGGGAGCUGCCUGAGCUGCCAAUUCCAUCUCCCUGGGCGGGUUCCAGGGGGCACAGGAUCGGGGGGCCGGGAGGCUUGGUGGCCUGGGAGCUGCCCUUGGAGGCUAUUUCCAGGGGCCUCAGGUUGGGCCCUGGGGGACUUGGAGUCUUCUGGCUGUUCAGGAUCAGGCAGGGUUGGUCGGGGGGUCAGAGGUAGAUGCCGUGGUGUGCUGGGCAGCAGCUGGCUCAGGAAGCCUCUGGGUGUGAGUGCUCGGGGGCCACCGAGGCAGGAGGGGGCAGGGAUGUGCAGGGUCGGCCCUCGCUCACCCCAUGUCUGGCUCAGGGAAGCCUCUGCUCAGGUCUUUGUGAAAUCAGAAGCAAGGGGGCCGGCGGGGUCUGUUUGGGGUCCCCGGAGACCCUGCCCCCCACCCUCCUGGGAGCCCAGGUUGGCAGCUGUGCCCCAGAAGGCUUUCGGGGACAGAAAGUUUGGAGACAAGUUCAGGCCCGACUGAGUUCCUUGUUCCCUAGAGUUAGGGUCAGCUUUGCACCUGCCGAGCCAAUGCGCUGAUGGCCACUGUCCACAGGCCAAAGCCUGACUCGGGAGGGAGCUAAGAGAUGAGACUCCCAUGCGCAAAGGUCAGUGGCCCCGGGGAGGGAAGAGGCCACUCGGAGGCUCAGAGAACGGAGGCAGUCCAGGGGCUUCCUGGGGCCCGUGAGCAGGAAGAACAAGGCCAAGCAGAGGGAAGCAGCAGGAACCAGAACCCCUGCAGAUGGUGGGGGCCAGAGGCUUUCUCUGAGCCGUUUGGGACCCUGGCCAGCUGCCCAGUUCCAUCUGCGUGGGAGAACCUAGGGGAAGGGCUGGCUCUGGUACCUGGGCCCACUGAGGCCUUGAGCUGAGCUUCCGAUUUUGGCAUGUCCCCAGCGCCGCAGCCUGGGGGCUCCUCUGGCACAGAAGGCCUUGCUCUCUGUGCUUUCUGUGGCCGCCACUGGGAUUAAGGGGACCAGGUGUGUCUGUGGCAUCCGUGCCCUCCCAGGCAUCUCACCAGCCACCAGCUGAACAAGUUUGGUGCUCCUGGAUAUCGGGGAGGGGCCAGGGACGUUCCUGCCUCCUGGUGUGGCUUAGACUGAACGUCCUGCACAUCCGAACUCAGGGACACUCGAGGCUUCCUGGACACAGACUCACGGCCCAGAGGCCCCAGGCUCGAGGACACCGGGGUGGUGGCAGAGCUGGUGGGCUCUGAGGGACGCUGCCUGGGCAGAUGCCCCAGCGCCCUCCUCUGGCAUGCCCCACCUCCACCCCUCCCCCUGCAUCUCUCCCGACCGACCCCCGGCAGAGCUGGCAGGGCCUGAGGGACGCUGCCCAGCCCAGCACCCCGCUGCCCCUCCCUACCUUGGUCAGCCCUGAGCUGGGCUGCUCAGAAAUCUAUGAACCUGUUAAAUAAUUAUUGUUCUUAAUCUCCAAACAAUGAGCGGAAGGUUCCAUUAUUUCUCUUUGCAAUAAAAAUAAAAGUUCAAAUACGCAGAGUU